AUGCUCGUCUCUCAGUACCUCUUCCGUCUCCGCGAUCCCUCGUCCACACCCUGUCCGUGCCAAUGUCGACAUCCUCUGCAAGCCUGCAAGCCAGAGACUUCUCGACAGGCCAUCAGCCACAUCCUCUUCUUCUACGGGACGAUCGGUUGCGAAACCAGCGCAGACGCUGGUCCAGAUGAGCGAAACAAGCACUUUGAACCUUUCAUUAUCCUCGAGGGACUAACCUUUCCCUUCCCGACCCCGUCUCUGUCCUCGUCCACGCCUACGCCCCCGCUCACCGCCGUCUCUUUCCCCUGCGCCGCCACGAUGUCGGCCGUGGAGGCGUUCUGCUCCACCAACACCCCCACGCCCACGCUGCCUGAUAAAGCUCCAAGCAUCGUGACUGUCUGA